AAUUUAUCAAGAGUUCAUUGAUACACCUAUAACAGCCACACCCGAGGCAGAACCUUAUCAUACUCGAGACGUUGAGUUCCCAGGUGUCGCUAUUUGCAGCAUUAACAGAAUAAGUCUCCGGAAGGUGACAGAAUUGGCGACUGAAAUGUAAGCAAUAACCGAGCAUAAAAUAAACACAAGUACGGGAGACACGAGAACGUAGCAUUGUUUUUAGGGAUAGGACUUGUACCUAAUUCAUAAUCAAACAACAGGAUUUAGCAUUGUCGCCUGCAAUGUGGAAAAUUGUAUCGCACAGGCAAUUUCGAUAAUUGCACUCGAAACACUCGCGCGCGCGCGCGUGUGUGUGUAUGUGUGUUUAUUUGUAAUUAAAUUAAGCAAGAAAUACAAGCAGUAAAGAGCAUAAACGUGAUCCAAAUAAUGUAUAAAAGCGGGGAGUUAGUUCUAGAGAUCCUUAAAGUUUCUCUAGAAUUAACGAACAAAUUUUCUUUUGAAAAUGUUCCAAUGUGCUUUCACGAAGACAUUUCAAUCAAUUCGGAGACAGAUAUAACGCCAAUAUUUCUAACCUGACUCUCGACGAAACGCUCGGAGCACUCUGGACGCUCGGUGGUUUUUACGAGUCACCGUACGCGGAAGCUGAUAAUUACACCCAGGUUACUCUACUUCUCUCCGAGUUUUACAACGAUGACUAUAAUAUCACUGACCUUAUGAUGAGCCUGACUCCGGAAUGCUCGGAAAUGCUCGUGCUUUGUAAGUUUCAAAACGAGAAGGAAAAUUGUUCAGACAUAUUCACGCUAAGUCGAACGGAGUUUGGAUUCUGUUGCACUUUCAAUUACAUCCCGGACGACAUGCUCGAAUCUGAGAAAAAAGCACGGCGGGUAGAAAACACGGGCAGAGAAAACGGGUUAACGUUGGUAUUGGAUUCAACUACGGAUGAUUAUUUCUAUCCCAUUUUGGCUACUACUGGCUGGAAGGUUAUGGUAUUCGACCCAAACGAUUACCCCGACAUGAGUACCGGCGGUGUGAUGGAGUUUCUGCUCGCUCCAUUAGCCGAGAAAGACGUGGUACUGAAUGUAGUCGCAUUACGCAGCAGCGAAAAUAUUCGGUCGUAUCCUAUCGACAAACGCGGAUGCUACUUUCCGGACGAAAGACCAUCGAUUUCCAUCACUUACACCGCCAGCGAUUGUAUACUAGCCUGCAAAAUAGAAGAUAUAUGGAAUAACUGCAAGUGCAGACCAUUCUUUUACCUCCAGCCACGGCCAACGGAACCCUCCAUCAAGAUUUGCACAACAGAAGACUUACCGUGUCUGAGGAAAUACAGAAAUAAAAGAUUUUACAUAGUACCUUAUCCAGAUGAAACAUUAUCUUCUCUAAUAAACAAUAGCCGAACGCUCUACUGCCGAAAUUGUUAUCCUUCGUGCGAGGGUAACACAUAUAUAGCUAGCAGUUAUGUUCUUGAUUUGACACCGGAUGACUUCGGUAAAUUCUCACGUUACAACGUCAACUCGACAACUUACAGUCUUCUUCAUAUGUAUUUCGGAAAAAGCGAAAUAACGUGUUUGAAGCAAGACAAAAGCUACCGAUGGUACGAGUAUUUGAGCGAUGCCGGUGGCAUUUGCGGAUUCUUUAUUGGCUUUAGUCUGAUCAGUGUUAUCGAAAUCGUUUACUUCAGCGCACUCUUCUUUUUGGAAUUGUUGGGACACGAACCUGACCUCGAAGCUGAUAAAGAAGAUGAACAAAUUUCGCAUAACCAGCUACCGAUACCAACCGUGUACUGGAGCGAGUUAUUGCCACGUUCGAAAAUUAGAAUAAGAGAACCUAAAUAAU